GCGGCCGCCACUGCGGCCACCGGCCAACCGAAACCGAGGAACCCCGCGCACGACUGCCGCCGAAUCCACGGCCGGGGCCAGAUCGAGUUGAUCCGGCAGAGCUGCAAGCUCGCCAAGUUCGUGUUGGACAGCGCCGCGGGCCGGCUGACGGCCGGCGCGACCACCGACGACGUGGACCGGUUCGUCCACGACCUGAUCGUCGACAACGGCGCGUACCCGUCGCCGCUGAACUACAGAGGGUUCAGGAAGUCCGUCUGCACGUCGGUGAACAACGUGGUGUGUCACGGGGUGCCCGACGACCGGCCGCUGCUCGACGGCGACCUCGUGUCCGUCGACGUGUCGGUGUACCUGAACGGCUUCCACGGCGACUGCGCCGCCACCUAUUGCGUGGGCGACGUGGACGACCGCGGCGUGGAGCUGACGACCGUGGCCGAGCGGUGCACGCUCGAGGGCAUGCGGGCCUGCGGCCCGGGCAAAGGGUUCGCGGACAUCGGCAAAGCCGUCGAGUUGUUCGCCCGCCGACACGGCCUCAGCGUCGUGUCCAGCAUCACGGGCCACGGCAUCGGCACGUACUUCCACGGGCCUCCCGUCAUCUUCCACUCCACCCUGCACGGAUAUCCGGGCGUCAUGAAACCGGGCAUGGUGUUCACCGUGGAGCCGGUGAUCUGCCAGGGCAGCGGCGACGUGGAGAUGUUGGGAGACGGGUGGACCAUAGUGACGGUCGACGAUUCCAGGGGCGCUCAAUUCGAACACACCAUACUGAUCACCGAUAGCGGUUACGACGUGUUGACCGUUUGACGAGAUCCUCCUGGGACAUGGCGACGACGACGACGUUUUUUAGACGACCCCGUUUGCGGGCCAGCGCAGCGCCCAUUUAUUUGUUGACAAUUAUUAUUAAUAUAUGUGUAAUAUAAAGAAUUUGUCACAUCAGCUGUGAGUGUGAUAUAA